UGUUACACGGCCAGAAGGAAGUAGAACGUUGUCCACACGACGGACGGAUGCUCCCAAAUGUCGACACCUGCACUCUUUCACGUGCCGCGUUAUUAUUAAUUUUAUAUUUGAGAUGGAUGCGGGCACUUUUAACCGAAGUGUGAGAAUGUUACCUUGGAGGUGAGCUAGGUUGUCAUGGUGAUAUUGCUGGGAUGGCAGCAGGCGGCGGCGGACCUCAGGAGGAGUGGCACACGAGCGAUGCCUGGUGAAGAUGCCGGUUCAGGGGCUCAGGCCUCCCCACCGGUGGGGUAUUUGGGAAAAGUCCAAGAGAGGGCAGCGUCUCUCGACCGCUGUCCGUGGUGCGCGUCCAAAGGUCUGAGCUCGGCCCUCCGUUCGUACCGUCUCAACGUGCACGAAUCCAUCACGCUGUGCAGCGAACCUCAGUGCCUCUUCCCACUGGUCAGUCGCCCCCUGGAGGAUGUUCUGGCCAGUUUGGUCCCCGCGGAGACGGCGGCCGGCGGCGGCAAGAGGAAGACUUUGCCGCAGUCGGACGAAGAUGACCGCAACGCCGUCAAAGUCAAGCGUCUGCGCUCUGACCAACACGAUGCGGAUGCAGGAACGGCCGUCGUCAACAGCCACUGUGACGCCACGAUGACGCGGGCCCAGCGAUCCGGUGGGAAGUCUUGCCCGCCCCAGGAUGGCGUUUCAAAUCAGUCGGGCUGUCCGGCGUCUUCGGUUGCGCCGCAGAUCGAUGACGGUGUCGUCUAUUCGGAUCUACUCGGAAAUGCUCCCGACGAACUCGUCAGCAGCCCCAACCGACCCGCGAGCGAAUCUGAAAAACCCGUCGACGCUCCUGAGGAAACCUUUGCUAGUCCUGUGGCCGCUCCCGGCAAACCAAUCGACGUUCCCGUCGCCGCUCUGGAGGAACCAGCGCGUCUCUUCUGGAAGAAUGCUCACAACCUGUGCUGGUUGGACGUCCUGCUGGUGUUUCUGGUCAACUGCAGGAGUUUAAGGAAAGUCAAACCCCGGCGUGAGCCUCAGCGCGGCGCCAUCUGGCGCCUCCUGAGCGGCUACGACGACGCCCGCGAGGCCCUUCGAGUGGGAAGCGGCGACAAGAAGAGAGCACAGCGCGAGGCCGACGAGCGUCUGCAGGAGCUCCGGACGGCCGCCUUUGAGCUGCUUCGGCCGCAGCUCCGCUGCAAACUGGGUCAGAAGGAGAGUCCGGUGUUCGCCAUGCCGCUCCUGCUGGCGGCCGACUCCUGGGCGGAGCCCCUCUUCCGGACCGCCUUCCGCUGGGAGUUGACGUGCGCCAAGUGCGAGACGGUCGCCACGGAGAGGGUCACCAAAACGCUCCCCACUUUCACCAACGUGUUGCCGGACUGGCACCCGACGCGCGCCGUCCACUUGGCGCCGUGCAACGCGUGCGGUGCCCAGCGCCAGCACAGGACGAUGACACUGGAGAGGGUGGCUCCGGUGUUGGUGCUGCACUUCGUGGAGGGUCUGGCGCACGGCGACGUGGACGCGCUGGCCUUCACCUGGGAGGGUCGCAGGCACGCGGUCACGGCGCUCGUCCAGUACCAGCGGCGCGACGAGCACUUCGUGGCUUGGACGCGCACGCCUGACGGCUCCUGGCUGGAGUUUAACGACUUGAAGCACCCCGAGAGCGGGCUCCACCGGACGCUGCCCGUUCCCGCCGGGGAAAUCCACCUCCUUUUCUGGGAAGCGGAAAAGGAUUCGCCCGGGUCCGGAGCGCAUUCGCCGUCGAGCGCGUCUCCGGAUUCCUCGUCCUUCCACCGCGUGGCCUCCGAGGCCUCGGAGGACUCGUUGCUCUUCCUCGCGCUCGGUGAGGAGAACGCCGUGACGACGGAGGCGCCCGAAGACGUGUCCAUCGGGUCCACCACGCUGCUGGAGACCUUCCACGGGCUGUCCCACGACGACAUCAUCACGCUCACCUUGAUGGAGGUCCAAUCCGACGUGCCGACGGGUCACAAGGAGCUUCCGGAUUGCGUCGCCGCGCCGGACAGCUCUUCUCUGACCCCCGGCGACCCCGAGGAGCCGCCACCGUCCUCGGCCGGAUCGGACGUCAACGACGCCGACGACGAUCCCAAUUUGGAACAAGGUCCGAAGAGAAGCAAAAGUGUCUCGGCGGUCGGAGAGACUGCCGGGACGAAAGCGCCGCCGCAGGAAGUGGGUGCUCAAGAUAUUCGUCCGCCGCCUCAAAGGGUUCAGUGGGCAUCGCCCGUGGCCUCUGCGGGGCCAUCGCCGUCGCCUUUGGACCCGAAGUCCCGCUGGUCCUACAUGUUCAGUCAGCUUCCUGUCAGUCAAAGGCCCCCCGGGCCCGUCAGUCAGAUCAACACCCCCCCGAGUUAUUCCACACCCGUUCCCGCAAAGAGGCCGCCAGCCCCAGCACCGCUCUUACCCGAACCUGAGCCUCUGCGCACGGACGACGGCGACGGCCUCCCGCUGAAGUCCGCCGAGAGGUUCUGCGCGUUUGGCACUGCCGUCCAAAUUCCGACACCGCUUCCCAGGAGCGAUCGCGGCGACGUCAGUGCGGGGUCGUCGGCGCCGCCCGCUUUCCUGAGCGACACGGACGCGCUGCGCCGCAAGCUGCUGAAGAAGCUGAAGGCCAAGAAGAAGAAGCUGGCCAAGCUCAACCAGCUGCUGGCCGGCAACACGCCCGUCUCGCCCGUCAGCGUCUCCUCGUCUUCCACCUGCGACAGCUUCUUGCCGCGCGACCCGCCGCUGCCCUCGCCCGACAGCUCGGGUUUCCUCGACGCGCUCGCCGGCCUCCGAGACGGGACGUGCGCCGCGCAGCAGCAGCAGCAGCAGCCGCCGCAAAUGGAAAACUUCCUGGACGAGUUUCUCUCGACGGCGGCGCCGACGGAGGCUCAGCGAGUGAUGGAGAAGGAGGCGCUCCAGGAACUGGAACUUUUUCUUUUAUAGCUGCUAGACGUGGGAUUGCCGUGCAGGUGGGUCCAUCUCAAUAAAUCGCAACGCGACGGAAAAGCGGGUUGAAUUUGUUCCGCAAAACUCGUGCAUCUCAAAUUGAAACGAAAGAAAAUGCCAAAAAGCAGAAACUUUUUUUUGAAUGUUUUUAAUAAUAAAACGGCAUUGUACGCUAUUAAAGUAUGCAACGCUUUGCACUAAAGAAUGAAAGCGUUUUGAUGCAAAACGAUGGCCACUGUACUGCCUGCGGGGGGGGGGGGACUCGCGGGUAUCCGCGGCGAUUUCACGGUUCCUCAAUACGACGCACUUAAUUUUUUCUUUACGCAGGGGAUUAAGAAUACAUGUAUGCGUGAACUUAUUUGAAUUUGUGGUGCCACCCCCCCCCUUUUUUUUUUCCGAUGCAGUUUCCAGAAAGUUGUUAGCAUUAAGCUAUCAGAAGGCAACGCCAUGUCGUCGUCUCGUAAAUGGAGCCUCUUUGAUCACGCUCGACUUCGAGUUUGCGAGUUCGCUUCUGCUUGUCUAAUCCGCAAAACGUCAACGCGCAUUUUGUUAACGUUUUUGUGCUCAUCGUGGUUAAGAGAUCAAAUAUGUUCAGUUAAUUUUUUUUUUUUUCCCCGUAACGGUGAGGAACAUCUUGAAACUUUGCGUUUUGUACUUGUAAAUGUUGAAUCUGCGCUUCGAUGCCACGUUGUGAACUGUCCGCACAACAAAAUUGGUUUCCUGAUUAAAGAGCACAACUGUUUUGA